UUUAUUGCCCUGGAGAUCUACGAGGGGAAGCCGCGCCUGGUCUUGGAUAAGGGAAACGGAGCUGUCGGUCUUAACAGCACCAUCUACAUCAGCGACGGCGUGUGGCACCAUCUGGAGGCCCACUUCAAGCCCACGUACAUGGAGCUCAACGUCGACGACCACAUCGAGGACCAGCCCACGCACAUCGGCGAGAAUAAGUUCUUUGACCUCUCCGGAUACCUUUUCGUGGGCGGGGUCGAGGUCAACAAGCAGGCGCGGGCGGUCAAGCAGGGGGCCAGGAACGGGGAUAAAAGCCUCGAGGGAUGCGUGCAGAACCUGUUCGUGGGCGAGAACAGACUCAGCAUCCGGGAAUCUCGCGUCACCCUGGGCAUCAAGGCGGACUGCAGCUGGGCGUACCCGUGCCUGAAGAACCCGUGCGUGGAUGGCGCCCGCUGCGUGCAGGAGGGGACGGACGGCUUCAAGUGCGAGUGCGACUUGGCCCUUUGCGUGCGCCAGAACUUCACGACGGCCUACAAGGUGUUCACCAAGACCACGCUGCCGUUCAAUCUGGAGAUCCUCAGCCUCACGCCCAUGGAGGUGCAGGAAGGAGGUCAGGCUCUGAUCACCUCACACCACCUCCACCUUGUCCUCGACUAUGAGAAGUACGGCGUGAGGGAGUCCGGCGUGCACUUCCACGUGAUCACGCCCCCCUCCCGAGGCCGCCUGGACGUCGACCUCCCGCGACGCCCUGAGGACACCAUCUUCACCCUCCUGGACCUCAACGACGACCGCGUGACCUACUUCCACGACGGCUCGGAGACCACUGAGGACUCCAUCGUGCUCGAGCUGGAGUUCGUCACGCGAUCGGGAUACAUCCUGCCUUCGUAUCUGCAGAGUCGCCACCGCUUCGUCCUCCCCGUCAGGAUCAUCAGCAAGAACGACGCCCCGCAGAUCAAGCUCCCGCCGGGGAAGGUCCUACGCCUGGCAGCGGGGACGGCGAUCACGCUCACCACCAAUAUUAUUUCCGUCGAAGACAACGACAGCGCGCCCGAGAAGCUGAG